AUGUCCACCACUACAGCAGUAAGGGUUGCCUUACGAGUACGACCAUUGACGCAAAAAGAGCGAUUGUGCAACUCUGCAGAGUGCAUAUCCUUCAUUCCAGGUCAACCGCAGAUCCUUAUUGGCAAGGAUCAUUCAUUUACAUACGACCAUGUUUAUGACACGCAAUCCUCACAACAUCACAUUUACGACUCGAGCGUACUACCGCUUGUGGAAAAAUACGUUGAUGGUUUCAAUGCCACCAUCUUGGCAUAUGGUCAAACAGGCUCAGGCAAAACAUACAGCAUGGGAACAGCCAUUGAUGGCAAUACCGGUUCUGAAGAUCAGCAAGGCAUUGUUCCUCGUUUUAUUCGAGAUUUAUAUGAGCGAAUCGAGCACAAAAAAGCAAACAAUAGUGAAAAGUACGAUGCACAAGUCUUUGUAUCAUUUCUAGAACUUUAUAAUGAAGAUUUGGUGGAUCUACUCAACAUGCAACAGCAUCGACGACGUAGCAACGAGAUUUCCAUACGAGAAGACGUCCAAGGCAACAUCUACUGGAGUGGUGUACGUGAAGAGCCAUGCCAUGAUCCUGAUGAGUUAUUGGGAUACCUCACUAAAGGUUCAUUGUGUCGUACCACGGGAUCCACUGAUAUGAAUGCGGUGUCGUCUCGAUCACAUGCCAUCUUUUCUGUCAUUCUUAAACAACAACUUCCUCCUGACGACGAUGACAACGACAAUGAAGAACACCACCAAUCCACCGAUAAUAGCAAGACCAUUGUGAGCAAGUUCCAUUUCGUUGAUCUCGCUGGUUCUGAAAGACUGAAACGCACCAAUGCACAAGGUGAACGUGCACGUGAAGGCAUUGCCAUCAACUCUGGUCUACUUGCGCUUGGCAAUGUCAUUAGUGCCCUGGGCGAUGAGGCGAGACGAUCGACGCAUAUUCCUUAUCGUGAUUCCAAGCUGACACGGUUAUUGCAAGACUCCUUGGGUGGCAAUAGUCAAACAUUGAUGAUGGCAUGUGUUUCCCCAGCAGACACCAACUUUGUCGAGACGUUGAGCACAUUGAAAUACGCCAACCGUGCACGCAAUAUCAAGAACAGAGUUACGAUCAAUCAAGAGUUUGCUGGUUCUUCGGUGGAAGUAGCUCAACUAAGAUCGCAAGUGGCUCGACUCAAGAUGGAACUCAACAUCCUGCGUAAUACUACUACUACUACCACCGGUGGAAGUGGUCAUCAUCCUUCUACAAGCACAAGAAGUAGUGAGAUGGAUGCAUUACGACAUGAAGUGAAUCGCCUUCGUUCUCGAGUCCAAGCAACUUCAGAUGAGCUAUGUCAAGUAACGGCUGAACGUGACACAUUGCUACUUGAGCAACAACAAUCAUCAUCAUCAGAUGACCAUGCUACUGCUGUUGCAGCUGCUCCCAUGAUUGCCCAUUAUCAGCGGACGAUUCGUGAUUUACGCAAUGAAUUGGAGGAUACACGUGAACGGCUCACCUUUGUUGAAUCCACCCAAGGCCCCGUGAUGGAUGCUUUACAACUCAUGACAGCAUCUCCCUCACAACGACGUCGUAUUACUACUACUCCGCCAUUGACAUCUAGGCAACAAAAAAGUACCAGCACGACCACUGCACGUCGCCAUCGUCGCAAUAAAAAGAAUCAUCGUCAUGUCACGUUCCGCAAAUCAAGCAAGGUGCCACAUCCUCCAGUCCCUGUGGCACCCACCGACCAUGAUGAUAUCAAUCGCUGGUUACAAGAAACAAUGGAGCCUGUCAAUAGCAUCUUCAACACCAAGGAUAUUCGUAGCGAGGUGCGUGAUUCUAUUUCCAAGGCCAGAUCAGAAAUCGAAAAAGGAUUACGCGUACUUGAAAAUGUCAAGUCCAAAGAACACGCACAGAUAUUCAAAUCCUCGGCUGACAUGGAGAAUCCCGAUGACAUCCUGAUGCUGGAUCCCUCUGCAGUGGUAUCAGAAGACAUUCAAAGUGUGACACCACCAGCGGAUUGGGAAAGCACGAGUGUGACCGAGCAAGCACCACAUGAUCAUGUUACUGCUGCUACUGCAACGACAACAACCAAUGAAAUGACCACACAUGAGGAUGAUGAUGAAGAGGAAGAAGAAGAUAUCGAUCUCAGUGAGCAUCCACAACUAGCACGUAUCAUACAACAGGUGCAAAGCGACAUCCGCGUCAAAGAAGAGCUUGUGCAGCAGUUGGAGCGAUGUGAAUCCGAGUAUGAUGAUAUGCGACGACAAUUUGAACACAAGCUCAACCAGUUGGUUCAUGAAAUGAGUGCCAUCAAGAAUGAGCGCGACCAUGCUGUAUUGAUGCAACAGCAGCAAAAACCACGACGUGCCAGCAUUGAGCGUGUAGCCAAAGAAAAGCAACAAAUCAUGGAAUUGCGUAAUGCUUAUGAGCUCAAGACCAAGCAACUCGCUGAUAUGAGAAGGAAGUUCACGCAAACAUCCAGUGCCAUUCAAGCCAGCCGUAACCAAAACGAGAGCAUGUUGCGUGCUUUACGUGUUCAUGUGGAGAGUCUCAAACUCGAGAAGCGACGUAUGGUCAAGCGCAUGAAGGAGGAGACGUUGCGUGUCAAGGAACAAAUGUCUGCUCACGAACGUGAGAUUCAACAAUUACGUCGUCGUCAACAACGUGAUGCUGAACGUAGAAGACGUCUUGAGAUGGAGAAUAAGCAAGUGCAAAUCAUGCUGCGUAAACGCUCUGAUGAAGUGGUGGUCACCAAUGAUAAGUUGCAAAAGAUUGUCCAGAUUCUCAAAAAGGCCGUGCGUGAAGGGGGUGUGCUUGAUGAUCGUAUGCUAUCCCGUUGUGCCGAUUUGUUGCAUCUUGGUUUCUUACGACGUCGCUCUUCUUCCACAAGCUACAACAACAACAACAGCCGUCAUCGUCGUCGUGGUGCUGCCAUUCAUAUUCCUGUUGAAGUACGAGCCGCCAAAAAGAAACACUUGUUGGAUCGUGCCUUGUGCCAGUACAUUCAUGGUAAACAGGCACUUUUGGAAAUGCAGCAAUUGAUGGCCAAGCGAUCCGAGUUAGCCAACAAGCGAGCUGAAUUGCAAAGCGAGCGUGAACAUUUGUAUGGCAAUGAUGCUGUUGACGAUGGCAGCAGCAGCAGCAGCAACAAGAUGAUGCAAUUUGAUCAAGCCAUGCAACAUUAUAUGGAUGAACGUCUUGAAUCGAUUGGUGCUGAAAUGUCGUUUAUCAAUGCACGUAUUCAAUCGCUUCAAAACGAUGCUGCUCAUGAAAUUCUCAAUGAUGAAGAAGAAGAGGAGCAAGUGGUCGAGGUGGAUCUUCGUCAGCAACAAAAGCAACGCAAACCCAAGCAUGUUACUUUUGCCGACCAAGUCAUGGGAACCAAACCACACGAUGACGAUGAUGAUCAAGAAGAAGAUGAAUGGUUGGAUAUGGAUGCACUUGAAGAACGCUAUAGCUUGCCUGCCAAUGCUGAUCCUGACACUGCCCAUGAAAUGGCACUCAAGGUGGUACGAUCAUUAUCUUUGGAUGAAGCUGAAAAGGUGCUUGAGACCAUGGUGACGGAGACAACGACCUUGCGCAUGAAUCAGCAUCAGCAUGAAAUGCAAAUGCAGCAAUUGGAAAAGACCGUGCAUGAUUUGCAACAUACGCUUGUUGUGAUGAGAGACAAGGCUGUGGAGACUGCCAUACAAAGUGAGAAGCGUAUCCGACGUUUGGAGCAACAACAAACGAGUUCCUCAAGAAGAUCCUCCCUUUUAUUAUUGCAAGAACAGAAUGGAUCAAGAAGAUCAUCCAUGUCUGGUUUCUCAUCGACUGAAUCAACCACGGUUGGCUAUGGCGAUGAUGAUGAUUCAGCAAUUGACUUGCGUGUGGAAGAGCAUUAUCAGCAAUAUGGCACUAUCUUUGAUCAAAUCUACAAUGAAGGUGUUAGCAAUUGUGGUAAAAUGGUGUCUAUGGGUCAUCAUCAACAACAACAACAAGUGCCUUGUUCACCUAUCAAGACAGCCUUCCAACAACAACAACAGCUACCACCACCACAACCUAGCCCCACUUUACGACCUAUGAGACCUCAAUCACUUGUAGAGCGUCCACCUGUUGCAGCUGCUCGUCGUAGUUCAAUGUCAUCACCUGAUCAAUUUUUGCAGCAACUUGUACAAGCAGGACUCAUGUCGGCACAAGAACAAAAGCAGGCUGAGCAAGCAGCCACCCCCUCCUCGUCUUCGUUGCUGUCAUCCCAUGCUAUGCAACGUCGUUCCUCUGAUACAAGCUCGAGUCGACCUACCACUCCCUUGUCAUCAUCAUCCUUGUUAUUGGGUCGUCGUCGUCGAGCCUUUUCUUUGCAGCAACAGCCACAACCACAAUAUCAACAUCAUCAUCAUCAUCCAAUGCUGGUUGAUUCGGCUUCUCGGCGCCGUUUUUCCAUGCGUGAACUCAGCCUAGCCACCUCAACCACCACCACCGACAGCAAUAAUGUAUAUCAUCACCAACCUUCGCCAUUACAGCAAGAAUUUGCAGUAUCACCUACCUCUUCCACUGCCAGCAAUAGUGCAAGAUAUACCCGUAACAAUGUAUUUGAUCGCUUGUCACAUGCACACACCAAGGCUUCUGAAGCUAAGCGUGCUUCCACACCGAUGCUCCCUGCCUAA